GCCUGGGGCUGGGGGCAAUUGGAAAUGCAGGGGAACUAGACAGGCAGAACAGCGUGAUUCAAAGCGGAAUUAGAGCAGGGCACCGGGUGACUGUGUUUUGCUGAAAACCCUACUGUGACGACUGAAAAACAGAAGGAUCUCGUUUGAGCAAGGAGCCAAGGGACAGCCCGUGGCAGAGGCGGCGGGGCGGAUAAAGCGGCGCGAGCGCGGCCCAUGGAGGCACACGCUCGGUGCCCGGCCGGAGGAAUGUCAGCGUUUCACUUGUGAUUGGCUGCGGAAUGGAGGAGUCAGUUUUCACGGGGGUUGAUCAGAAAGUUUCCCUUUGCUUUCCAAAGUUGCUGUCUGAGCAGAGGCAUCGGGAAGAGGAGGCCGGUCGCUCCAGCAUUCCUCAGGAAAGCUGCUUAAAUGAAAUGAAAAGGCUCCUCUAUCCAAGGAUUUGCAGCCAAGAAGAGACGCGGGGAAGCUGUUUUCCUUCUUUUCUCCCCCAGCUCGCCCGGCAGUUGAUCGGCUCUCAUUUCUGGCAUGCGUCUCAUCUCCCAGGAUACUAUGUCACAGUACUCCACUAACUUCCUCCUGCUUCCCAUACCCGAGUACCCCGUGCUGGACUGCGUGCCCAACAAAAUCAUCAAGCUCGUGGUACUGGGCGGCAGCAGCGUUGGCAAGACAGCCCUGGUUGUGCGCUUUCUCACAAAAAGAUUUAUUGGAGACUAUGAAGCCAAUACUGGUGCUCUGUAUUCAAGGAAGUUCACCAUAGAUGGGGAACAGAUCUCCCUACAGGUGCAGGACACACCUUUUGUUUCACUGGAGGACGACACUGAUAGCAUUUGCUGCCAAGAGCAGAUAAACCGUUCAAUCUACUGGGCAGAUGGCUUCGUAUUCGUUUACUCCAUCACAGACUAUGAGAGCUACCGAGUCAUCCGACCCCUGCACCAGCACAUCCGCAAGAUCCACCCGAACGCUAACAUUCCCCUGCUCCUGAUGGCCAACAAAGGGGACCUCCUGCGAGCCAGGCAGGUGUCCUCCAAGGAAGGACUCCAGCUGGCCGGCGAGCUGGGGGGCACUUACUACGAGGUGUCAGCCCGGGAGAACUGCGAGGGCGUCCAUGAAGCCUUCCAGCAGCUGUGCCAGGAGGUCAGCAGGAUGAUCGGGAGCUGCAACGGAGAGAAGCGAAGAGGCCUCCACCUCGUCCGACCCAAGUCGCCAAAUAUGCAGGACUUAAAGAGACGUUUGAAACAGGCUCUGACUUCCAAAGGGAAAUCUGCUACCACGCUUUGAUGUAACCGACGGAAAUUGUUUCCCACACCCCUGAAAAAAAGGUUUCCAGAUGCCUGCAGGAGCCACCACUCUUCACACUCUGUUCUGCAUUGUAUUUCACUUCAAAACUCCCUAUGCCAUCACAAAAAAGAGAAGCAACUUUGGAAUAUCACACUGAAGUGCAACAGCCCAUUCCCUUACCCCCUCAUUGCUGAUGAAGACCAUGGGUACCUGAGCUGUUUUUUCUUUUUGGGGGACUCUGGGACCAGAACUCAUAUUCAUGCUUUAUAAGCAAAGGCUUUUAUCACUUCUAAUGAACAAGACUCUUCAUUAUUUAAUUAGCAGAGCAAGGUAUACUAUGGUACAGCUCAGUUGCUCUGUGACUGUCAGUAAGGAGCACUGGGAUAGGGAAAUGAGAGAGAGGCAUAAAAUCUCUAAAUUGUUCUCCUGUGUGUAUUUUCUUUUUCUAUGAGACAAAAAUAGACUGACUUUCCCUCAAGCGCUUGCAAAGAUAAUAAGCUGGUGGCAGCGCUGAAUAUAAAGCGAGUGGUGAUGGCAAGUCUAGCUAAGCUGUCUGUGCUCCAGCCCAUCUGUUUCCCAGGGUGGGUGGGGAGGCAGUAUUUGUAAGAAAAACUUCCCUAGUGCAAAAAAAGUGGUCACUGGGAAAACAGGAGUUCUCUGAGUCAGAACCAA